GAGCUCCAGCAGCAAGGCGCCCUCCCCGGGCGCGGCGGCCUCCGAGAGCGCUCUGCCCAGGGAGCCGGCGUCCGAGGUGCGGAGCAAGAGAAGGGCCGCCGCUCCUCAGGCGCCGCUGCCGCCGGCGGCCGGGCGUUUCGUGGAAGGCUCCAUCGUCCGCAUCUUCAUGGAGAACUUCCUAACAUACGAUGCCUGCGAAGUGUCUCCCGGACCCAACUUAAACAUGAUCGUUGGAGCUAAUGGAACAGGAAAGUCGAGUAUUGUUUGUGCCAUUUGCCUUGGACUAGCAGGCAAACCUGCUUUCAUGGGACGGGCAGAUAAGGUUGGGUUCUUUGUGAAGAGAGGAUGUCUCAAAGGCAUGGUGGAAAUUGAAUUGUUCAGGGCUUCUGGAAAUCUUGUAAUCACCCGUGAGAUUGAUGUGACAAAAAAUCAAUCCUCUUGGUUCAUCAACAAAAAACCUACAACCCAAAAAGUAGUAGAAGAGCAGGUCGCAGCCUUAAAUAUUCAAGUGGGCAAUCUCUGUCAGUUCCUGCCUCAGGACAAAGUUGGAGAAUUUGCUAAACUUAGCAAAAUUGAGCUCCUUGAAGCCACUGAGAAGUCCAUCGGCCCCCCGGAGAUGCACAUGUACCACUGUGAGCUCAAGAACUUCCGGGAGAAGGAGAAGCAGCUGGAGACAACAUGCAAAGAGAAAACUGAGUAUCUAGAGAAGAUGAUCCAAAGGAAUGAAAGAUACAAACAAGAUGUGGAAAGGUUUUAUGAACGGAAACGACAUUUAGACUUAAUUGAGAUGCUUGAAGCAAAAAGGCCCUGGGUGGAAUAUGAAAGUGUCCGUCAGGAGUACGAGGAAGUGAAGCAGGCCCGCGAUGCCGUGAAGGACGAGGUGAAGAGGCUGAAGGAGGGCCAGAUCCCCAUGACGCGGCGGAUGGAGGAGAUUGAAGCACAGCGCCAUGGCCUGGAGGCUCAGAUCAAGCAAAAGGCAGCAGAUAUCAAGGAAGCAUCUCAGAAAUGCAAACAGAAGCGAGACCUCAUUGAAAGGAAGGAUAAGCAUAUUGAGGAGCUUCAGCAGGCUUUAAUAGUAAAACAAAAUGAAGAGGAUGACCGACAACGAAGAAUAAGUAAUACCUGCAAAAUGAUAGCAGAUUUGCAGAAUGAAGUGAAUUCGGCUGAAAAUGAAAAUCUUCAGCCUCAGAUUGAGGCUGUCACGAACGAUCUGAGCCAAGUUCAGGAUGAAAAGGCCUUGUGUGAAGGCGAGAUCAUCAACAAGCGGAGAGAAAAGCAGACGUUAGAGAAGGAAAGAAAGAAUGUGAGCGAUCAUAUAUUGCAUUUUGGUCAUCUUAUGAACCAGAAGGAGGAUAAGCUGAGACAGAGGUACCGUGACACCUACGAUGCCAUCUUAUGGCUGAGAAGCAACAGAGACAAGUUCAAGCAGAGGGUGUGUGAGCCCAUCAUGCUCACGAUCAAUAUGAAAGAUAAUAAAAAUGCCAAGUAUAUUGAGAAUCAUAUUUCAUCAAAUGACUUGAGAACCUUUGUAUUUGAGAGUCGAGAAGAUAUGGAAGUUUUCCUCAAAGAGGUCCAUGACAAUAAAAAGCUAAUAGUGAAUGCUGUCAUUGCUCCCAGGAGCUCACACACAGCCAGGCUGCCCUCGAGACCGCUCAACAAACUCAAGCAAUACGGGUUUAUCUCUUACCUACGAGAGCUGUUCAAUGCACCAGACCUGGUCAUGAGCUACCUUUGCUACCAGUAUCACAUCCAUGAAGUCCCCGUGGGAACCGAAAGGACGAGAGAACAGAUCGAGCGGGUAAUACAAGAAACUCGACUGCAACAAUUUUAUACAGCAGAAGAAAACUAUGUGGUGAAAACAUCUUUCUAUUCGAACAAGCUUAUUUCCAGUAAUACGGCCCUGAAAGAGGCCCAGUUCCUCACCGUGACUGUGGACCUGGAGCAGAGGAGGCAUUUGGAGGAGCAGCUAAAGGAAAUUACUAUGAAGUUGCAGUCUGUGGAGUCAGAAUUGACUGGCUUGUGUGAGAAAAGCAAGCUCCUGGAAUGCAGAGAUAAUGACCUGAGACAGAAGAAGAAGGGGCUGCUUGAGAGAAAGACCAAGAAGAGGCAGCUGGAGCAGAAGAUCAAGUCCAAGCAGGGAAGCUUAAAGCUGAUGGAACAGGACACCUGCAACCUGAAAGAGGAAGAACAAAAAGUGGCCACCAAAAUCAAAGAAAUAAAUAUUCAAAAGGCAAAACUUGUUACUGAAUUAACAAACCUAAUGAAGAUUUGUACUUCGUUGCACAAACAAAAAGUUGGUUUAAUUCUUCAAAAUACUACAAUGAUCUCUGAGAAGAAUAAAUUAGAAUCGGAUUAUAUGGCUGUGUCAUCACAACUACGCCUCACUGAGCAGCGUUAUGGUGAGCUGGAUGAGAGCAGACAGAGGUUACUGCAGAAGUGCAAGGAGCUGAUGAAGAGAGCCCGGCAGGUGUGCGACCUGGGUGCCGAGCAGACUGUGUCCCCCGAGUACCAGACAGCUUUCCAAGAUCUUCCAAACACCUUGGAUGAAAUUGAUGCUUUGUUGACCGAAGAAAGAUCGAGAGCAUCCUGCUUCACGGGCCUGAAUCCUACACAAGUGGUUGAAGAAUACAUGAAAAGAGAAGAAGAAAUCGAGCAGUUAACUGAGGAACUACAGGGAAAGAGAAUUGAACUGGAUAAAUACAGGGAGAGCAUCUCCCAGGUAAAAGAAAGGUGGCUUAAUCCUUUAAAGGAGCUGGUAGAAAAAAUUAAUGAAAAAUUCAGCAAUUUUUUUAGUUCUAUGCAAUGUGCUGGUGAAGUGGAUCUCCAUACAGAAAAUGAGGAAGACUAUGACAAAUACGGAAUUCGUAUUAGAGUCAAGUUUCGCAGUAGUACUCAGCUGCAUGAAUUAACUCCUCACCAUCAAAGUGGAGGUGAAAGAAGUGUUUCUACUAUGCUGUACCUGAUGGCACUUCAAGAGCUGAACAGGUGUCCAUUCAGAGUAUUUGACCAAAUUAACCAGGGAAUGGACCCCAUCAAUGAACGGAGAGUAUUUGAAAUCAUUGUAAAUACUGCCUGUAAAGAGAACACGUCUCAGUACUUCUUCAUUACACCAAAGCUCCUGCAGAAUCUUCCUUACUCGGAGAAGAUGACGGUGUUGUUUGUCUACAACGGGCCACACAUGCUGGAGCCGAGCAAGUGGAACUUGAAGGCUUUCCAAAGACGGCGGCGGCGCAUCACAUUCACUCAGCCUGCUCAGAAAUCUUAAGGAUGUGAGUCACUCCAGUCAUGCCUUUCUCUGAGCAGUGGAUCAGAUCUGUACCAGAUGUGACAAAGUAUUUUUUCGACUUGCUCACCUGAAUAAAUUGAAAAAUUAUAUUCAGUUCACGUUUGUAUAUUUUCAAAUAGU